CCCUCGGCAGAGGCUCUGGCGAGGGGCGGGCCCGUCGCCGACUCGCCUCUAGCUGGGGCAGCGGCUGCCGCGCAGGAUCCGCGUUGUCGCUCCGCUCCGCGCCCGUCGCCAUGAGUGGGGACCCAGUAGUGUUCGUCGCCGCCGCCAGGACGGCCGUGGGCUCCUUCAACGGCGGCCUGUCGGCGCUGCCGGCACACGAGCUGGGUGCCGCGGUGAUCCGAGAGGUGCUGCGUCGGGCAGGGCUGGCCCCCGCCGAGGUGUCGGAGGUGAUCCUGGGGCAGGUCCUCCCCGCAGGUGCUGGCCAGAACCCUGUCCGGCAGGCGAGUGUUGCUGCAGGCAUCCCUUACACCGUGCCCGCAUGGAGCUGCCAGAUGAUCUGUGGGUCAGGUUUGAAGGCCGUGUGUCUGGCUGCUCAGUCCAUACUGACAGGAGAUUCCAGCAUCGUGGUUGCAGGCGGCAUGGAAAGCAUGAGCAAGGCUCCUCAUGUCAUUCACAUGCGAGCUGGGAUUAAAAUGGGAGAGGCUUCCUUGCAGGACACUAUAAUCCUCGAUGGCCUUACAGAUGCUUUCUAUCAGUAUCAUAUGGGUAUAACAGCUGAAAAUGUGGCCAGUCAGUGUCAAGUCAGCAGAGAGGAACAAGACCAACUUGCGGUACAGUCGCAAAACAGGGCAGAGGCAGCACAGAAAGCUGGCUAUUUUACUAAAGAAAUCGUUCCUGUUCUUGUACCCUCUAAAAAAGGUCCAAUAGAGGUUAAAACAGAUGAACACCCUCGACAUGGGAGCAACUUGGAAACAAUGGCAAAGUUAAAGCCCUGUUUUCUGACAGAUGGAACUGGGACAGUAACAGCAGGCAAUGCUUCAGGUAUCAAUGAUGGAGCUGCGGCUGUAAUUCUAAUGAAGAAAUCAGAAGCUGCUAGGAGAGGUCUUAUGCCUUUGGCUCGGAUUGUAUCUUGGGCUCAGACAGGCAUAGACCCAUCCAUAAUGGGAGUAGGGCCCAUUUCAGCAAUAAGACAAGCUAUUGGCAAAGCCAGCUGGACUCUGGAACAAGUUGACCUCUUUGAAAUUAAUGAAGCCUUUGCAUCAGUGGCUGUUGCAAUAGCAAAAGAGCUGAAAGUAAAUCCAGAAAAGGUUAAUAUCCAAGGUGGAGCCAUUGCUCUUGGCCACCCUCUCGGUGCCUCCGGUUGCCGCAUCCUUGUUACUCUCCUACAUGCACUGGACCGAACUGGUGGAAAACGUGGUGUUGCUGCUCUUUGUAUAGGAGGAGGAAUGGGAAUAGCUAUGUGUGUUGAGAGAUGAGCAUGAGUGAAUAGCUAAUGUGAACGAGUGUUUGAAGCUCCCUAAUAAACUUCUAAUCAUAGA